GAGGGGGCCUGCUGGGCGUCCGUCAUGCUGACCAACGGGCGGGAGGAGGUCAUCAAGUCCUGUGUCUCCCUCCCCGAGCUCAACGCUCAGGUCUUCUGCCACAGCUCCAAGAACAUCACGAAGACCGAGUGCUGCUACACCGACUUCUGCAACAACAUCACCCUCCGCCUGCCCGUCGCCCCGGAGCCCCCCAGCGGGGCCGGCGCGGGGCCGGCGGUGCUGGUGGUGGCGGUGGCCGUGCCGGUCUGUGUCCUGCUGCUGGUGGCCCUGCUGGUGGCCCGCGCCCGCCGCCCGGCCAAGCCCCCCAGCGUGGAGGAGCCCCUCUCCGAGAGCAACCUGGCCAGCUCCGGGAAGACCCUGCGGGAUCUCAUCUACGACAUGACGACCUCUGGCUCCGGCUCGGGUUUGCCUCUGCUGGUACAAAGAACAAUCGCCAGGACUAUUGUCCUGCAGGAAAUCGUGGGGAAAGGCCGGUUUGGUGAAGUCUGGCGUGGAAAAUGGUGCGGGGAGGAUGUGGCUGUGAAAAUCUUCUCCUCCAGAGACGAGCGGUCCUGGUUCCGGGAGGCAGAGAUUUAUCAGACAGUGAUGCUGAGGCACGAGAACAUCCUGGGCUUUAUCGCUGCUGAUAACAAGGAUAAUGGGACAUGGACUCAGCUCUGGCUUGUCUCCGAGUACCACGAGCAAGGGUCCCUGUUUGACUACCUGAACAGAGGGACGGUGACAGUGGAGGGCAUGGUCAGGCUGGCGCUGUCGGUGGCCAGUGGCCUGGCCCACCUCCACAUGGAGAUUGUGGGCACACAGGGGAAGCCAGCGAUCGCGCACCGGGACCUGAAGUCAAAGAACAUCCUGGUGAAGAGGAACGAGAGCUGCGCCAUCGCCGACCUGGGGCUGGCGGUGAAGCACGACUCGCUGCUCAACACCAUCGACAUCCCCCAGAACCCCCGGGUGGGCACCCGCAGGUAUAUGGCUCCUGAGAUCCUGGAUGACGUGAUGAACACAAACAUCUUUGAGUCCUUCAAGCGUGCAGACAUCUACUCCCUGGGGCUGGUGUACUGGGAGAUCGCCCGGAGGUGCUCCGUUGGAGGGAUCACGGAGGAAUACCAGUUGCCUUACUAUGACGUGGUGCCUUCUGAUCCUUCGAUAGAAGAUAUGAGAAAGGUGGUUUGUGAGCAGAAACUCAGGCCAAAUAUUCCAAACCAGUGGCAAAGCUGUGAGGCGCUGCGCGCCAUGGGGCGCAUCAUGCGGGAGUGCUGGCACGGCAGCGGGGCCGCCCGCCUGACCGCCCUGCGCGUCAAGAAGACCCUGUCCCAGCUCUGCCUGCAGACCGACUGCAAGGCCUGACCGGCCGGCGACGGGCGCUGCUGCUCCCCCGCCGCGUCCUGCUCUGCCUCCCCUCUGCGGCUCGGCGCGGGAAGGGGCAGCGCCGGACCCGCAGCUCACGGCUCAGGCAGCAAGGCAAUGUCUUGCUUUGCGUUUCUAAAGCGAAUUAGGCACCGGGCUAACCGCGGAGAGGAGCUCAAAACGCCAGGACAGUCCAACAACGCCUUGUGCUAUUGUGCUUUCGAUCCUAGCUCGACCCCCAGACCUCCUGGAAAGAGCUGGUACUGGUUAAAGCCUGUUUGCAUGAGAUGGUUUGUCCUCAGACCGAGCAGAGACCAAAUUUAAGACAGCUUUUUUACUAAUUUUAUUUUAUUUUUAUGCAGGAAUCUGAAAAGGAGCAAAUAAAAAGGUGGAGAUUCCCCCCAGCGGGUAUAUUGGGAACAAAAUAAUCAGUCGGUUUUUCGUUAGCUUUUAUUUUUAUUGUCUUGAUUUCGCACACAGUAUUGUAGUUAGGAUUUAGAGGUUUUUUUACUCUGUUCGUUUGUUCGUUGAACACAUCGAUCAAAGGACAUUAAAUCUUUAUUUUAACAGUUAGUAGGAAAAGUUAAAGAGGCAAUAAUUUUCCAGUAGAUAGCUAGGGAUGGAAGGGGGAGAAUUCCUACCUAGACUGAGAAAGUGUAUAUUUUUAAACAACAUCUUGCCAAUCUGUCAUUGAUAACAUGUUUUUUUGUAGUGCCUUUUGAUGUUUCAGGGGAAGCUUUACCAAAACUGGCUCUGGGAGAGCGGCUGGAGCCCGGCAGAGGGGCUGGUCUCUGCUCGCAGCCCGUCCCGCUCCGGGCGUGCUGGGGGGCACAGACAGCGAGAUGAGCAGUGGCCGUGGGGCCCUCCUGUGCCACCCGAGACCCUGGCAUUACAAAUGCAAAUUCCUGCUUCAAAUGGGCCCCUGCUGCGGGCGGGAUCGCAGCAGCGGCCUCGGGACCUGAUGAAACGUAGCGCGUGGAAAUUAAGCCCUGAGGUGUCUCCAGGGUAGCAAAGCUUUGCAAGAAUCUGCUGUAGCGCGCACAGCUCUGUGCGAGGAAGCUGAUAGAAAUAACAGGACUUCAGCAGUCUUGGACAGGAAACCUCCUGAGCGGGGCUCUUAGGUGGAAGGACAGGUUAAACUGUGAUGGAGUGGGACCCUCAGUACUCCCAGUACCCCGUGUUCCACCCUGACACACACUCUACCGCACUGUGGGCUCUUUAUGGGUGUUAAUUGCCCCGUAAAUGGGCUCUAAUGCAAUGUCCCUGUUUGCAUAACUUCUGCUCACUCCUGCGUGUGUUAAAUCGUGCAAGCCUGGCCGUGGUCUCUUAGCUGAGUGGUGGAGAAUAUUUCUACUGGAUUGCUAGCAGAUUUGUCUCCAGUAUGCUUUCUGAGUUGCAAUCAGUCAUCUUACAGAUUUAAUUGUCAUGUGCUUCAACUGCAUAAGCUCUGCCAGGGAGCUCGACAGCUGGGAACUUCCUAAGCUGUCUGAGGGGUAAUUGCUGCCACUGCACCAUCCAAAGUGUGAUGCUUAUCUUGAGUAUCAAAAGAUUUGCAAAUGUGAGAUCCAGGAUUUGUUCUUGUAGAACAGAACUUGAAAAAAAUCCUUAUGUUGAAAAGGAACAAUCAAAGAUUAUUUUUUUUUAAGUGGGAAAAGGAAAUAUUUUAUCCACUGAAAUCGACUCUCAGUGAAUUUGCAGAAUAAGGUGUCUGAAAUCAGUGGUAGUGGAGCAGAAGUAGUUUUAAUGAGUAUGCUGGUUUAGGCCUGUUUCUGCAAAAGUAUUUAAGCUGUGCAAGGGAGAGAACCAUCUCGAUCACCAAGCAAGAGGUGUCUGCAGCAGCCUUGCAGCAGUCCUGGUGCAUUAGGACUCAGUAGUGAAAACUUGAUCAGUUGCCACACAAAAUGCAAAGUGACCAAGGGAUCAUUAGCUUCUCUUGUGCCACUUUUGAAACUCCUACUAUUUUUUUUUUUCUCCUAAAAAUGGAGGCAUUCUUCACGGGGAGAGUGAUCAGGAUGCUCUCUAGGAAUUUUUCUUCCAUUUUAAACGCACUUUUAACCUGUAUUAUCCUUUAAAAGUACUUAUGCCCUUGAAGUCUAUCUAGUAACUGUUCCUGGGGCUUCUUUCCCCGUGAGUUGGAUGGGUGGAGGAACUUGGUGCCUGGGCAGAAGCUCCUCUGGUGAGGAACUGUGCCCGACUGAGGGCAUGCUGUGAAAUUUAAAAAAAUUCAAGCAUUUUGGUGUAAGGCACUUUAGUGACCUGCUCUCAGGGCAGAACUGGGGGACAUUUUCAGGAGGGUUUCCUGUGUGAGAGGGCAGUGACCCCAGUCGGUAGGUGCAGGUUGGGUCAGGAGGCUGGGCUCCUGUCCCCUCGCUUCCCCUGCUGUCACCUUGCCCUGGGCACCAGCACAACCACCGCCUGGGGCUUCGUGUUAGUUGUAAACACCACCUGUCCCUUUGGUCAGUCCGACCUGGUGGGGGUGUUGUGGGCUGCGUACCCGUUUCCCUCCUGGAGUCUCCAGAGCCGUGGGAGGGUCCUGGCGUUUGGAGGUGCCGGUUUGGUGCUGGCAGGAGGGGUGUGAGGGGGGCUGCUCUGCACAGCUGGGCCCUGGGCUGCACCUGCAGGUCAUGGCUCCAGCCCUGGGAAUACCUGGAAUCUGCUUCUGUUCAUAUCUUAGGACUUGAGGUGAAACAGUCUGAUUGCCAGCUCUUUUCACUUAGCUCAAGAGUUUUGCACUGGUUUUCUUUUUUUGGUUGUUGUUGUUCAAAGGCAAAGUAGGUUUUAUCAAAGUAGAGUUAAACAUAACAGAGCCGAGGGGCUGAUGUUCUACUGGGCUUUAAGAUGUUUGUAAACUUUAAAAAAAGACCCAAACCCCCUUGUUUUAGUGGCCUUUUCCCUCAAUGUGGAUUUGUCCUUGUUCCAGUUUCAGAACAGAGGUUACGCAGGGACUCUGCAGUUUUAGGGAGGCUUAGGUUUCUUUAAUGUUCCUGCUAAUCUCCAUUUAAAGCACAAGUUCUUAAGGUCGUAAAAAUUUUCAAGCUCAAGGGUACUCAAGACCAAUCACCACGUUUAGCCUCUCCUAAUUGAUGCUUCUAGUUUAGGGGAGGUACUAAUUUAUUUUUUUUUUUAUUUGCUUCUAACAACAAUCUAAAACUUAAUGCAUGGAAUAUCAACUGAAAGGGAAAGUUAAUUAACAUUUUUUCUAGCACCUCAUUUUUUGGUGUCCUUAACUGUUACCCCAAAUACUCCUUGAGAAAUUCAAGCUGUAAUCUCUUUUGCACUUUGCUAGUUUUAUAGUCAAUUGCACUUAACCAAGAUCAUUCCCUCGUGCAACCCUAUAAUGAAUCCUAGAAUAUUUUAGUCCUUGAUAUGUCACUUCUUUUUGGGCUAUCAGAUUCAGGGAUUACAAAUGAAUUUGCUGAGAAAUAUGUCUAGUCCCUACAAGGGAAGGGAGCAAGGUCUUCCCUUGGUCCCUGUCAUCCCCUUGGAUCGAGCCACCUGUUUGGGCUCCUGAUGGCCCAGCAGGGACUGUCACAGGGUGCUCUGGUUCCCCCCAUCCCUGUGAAGCUUUUAGGGAAAGAGAUCCCUGCUCCAUUCCCACAGGCUGCACAGUCCAUGAAUGUACAGAGGAAUAAGCAUUAAGAGGUACAAUAUAUUUCUACUGAAUAUCAGCAGUGUGCAAUAAGUUGUAACCAAAGGCUCUGAAUGUACUUUUGGCGUAAACAGACUGAAUGUAUUUUGAAUGUAGCUGUUCUAUUUAUGUCUAAAUCUGCUGUGGUUUUGAGUCCUCAGAGAGAAAUGUCUAGUGCUUUGUCAGUCUACAAAGUUGUCUGUUUUUUAAAGAAGCAUUAAUGUUUUUCCUGGAUGUACUGUAAUAUUUUAGAACUUAGUGUAGCAGUACAAUGCUAGAAUUCAACCUUCAUAUUGUGAAAUGCCUGAUCUUAGUGGACACUGCAGCAAGUUAUUUUUAAAACUAUUGCUAAAGUUACUGCUUGGUAUUGCAGCUGCCCUGGAUGUAAAUAAUUCAUUUGAAUGUUGUAUUUUGUAUGUGUACUUUACCUACUGGGCUACAUUUGGAAGGAUGUGGCGAUUUUAAUAAACUGAGCACAC